UUAAUUUUAACAUAAGUUAAAAACAUAAGUUAAAAACAUAAGUUAAGCUAAGUGUUCACAGAGCUUGAUGUAUAUAACCUACCCUCAAGUGUUCAGAAAAUAGAUUGAUAGACAGACUGAUAGAUGGAAAGAUGGAUGGAUAGAUAGCUAGAUGGAUAGAUAAACAGAUGGAUAGAUGGAAUGAUACAGCAAAUGUGGCAAAAUGUUAAAAAUGGUGGAUCUGGGUAUUUGGAGGAUAAAGGUCUGUUGCAGUUCUCUGCAUGGCAUUUGUAUUAUUUUUGUAACUGCCCUGUAAGUUUGGAAGUAUUUCAGAGUAAAAAGUUUUUAAAAUUUUAAUGGGAAAGUAAAUAAUGAAAUAAAAAUUAACGUAUCAUCGGUGGUCACAAGGACUGUUAAAAAUAAAAUGGUGUUGAGGGAUAGGGAUGGGGGUGUACUGUUUGAGGUAGGUGGUCGGUGAAGGACUCUGAUAAUAUGUCUACUGAGGAGAGAAUUGAAUGGAAGUUUUUGAAAAGUAUAAUUGAAAUCUACCAUUAAUUUUCCAGUUUCUUAUCCAGUAGUUUUAACCCUUCCUCCCCAAUUUAUUUCACCACUGGCACCAAAAGGAUUCUAGUGGACUAUACUUUUCAUCUUUCUCUUCCUCUGUCACUUCUCCAUCUCACCCACUAGAAAUAGAGAGAUAUCUAAGAAAUUAAAUAACUAUGAGUAAAGCAGGAGGUUUAAGAGAGAGGAAGAACUAGCUUCUUAGAUAACUAAGUUGUAAAUAGUCAGAAAUUAGAUACGUGUUCCUUUAAGUUUACUGAAUUUUAAAGUGAAGGAUAAAUCGUGCAUUUUAAUAAAGACUUGAAAAUAAAAGAGCAAGAAAUUAAUAUGUUUGUUCAUCUCUUCAGGAACAUUAAUAAUUAGAUUUGAUAAGGUGUUUGUGGUAUAAGGAUCUUAGAAGUGGCUCAAUACCACUUAAAUAUUUAGUAAAUACUGUGUCUUAAUUUAGACAUGUAUUUUAAGUAUAUAGUUUCCUGUUAACAUAGAUUAGUAAGCCCAUAACUAAACAGAACUAACGUUUGUAACUUUAUAGUUUACAGAGUACUUUCUUGCAUAUUUAUCUCAUUUGAGGUACGGCAGAUAUUAUUAUCCUCAUUUUCAAAUAAGGAGACAGGCUUACAGAGAUUAAUUGUCUUAUCCAAAGUCACACAGCUAACAGGUGACAGAGUAGGGGCCCCAAACCUAGUUCUUCUGGUUCUAAACCCUAGGCAUUCUCUUAUUCCACACAGUUAUGUAACUUGCCCAUUUAAUUUUGAGAAGACCUAACCAGCUUUUGUAAUUUGUUAGAUUCAGAAAAUCAGUUUUUUUCCUCUGUAAUAUUCCAAAAAUAUUCCAUUAAAUGAGUAGCAGUGGAAAAAGAUCUAUUAUAGUAGAUUAAUCCAUUUUCAUAUUGAGACAGAAUCUCCAAAUAAAAGAAGUAAUCAGCCAUUCUCAUCAUUGCUUUUCUUAUGUUCCACAUGAAAUCAGUGAACCUGGUAAUAAUCAUGUUCCCAGUGGGCCCAAUUUCCCUAAUGAUUACGUUUGUAGAUUUUAAGUUGUAAUUUUUACUUUUAUAGUUUUGCUUUUAAUCACAAAUAAUAUAAAAACUCUUGUAACAUUAGGUAGUAGACAAUAAUUUUACCAAAAUCCAAUAGUGUAGACAGGAGUGCUUUCUCACAUACCUGCAAAUUGGAAGGUGUGGUACAGAAUUUUCAGGACCAUGUGUCUGCUCCUUGAUGAGGUUGUUUAUUCUUGUCCAUGCCCAUCUGCCUUCUGGUCUCUUACAGGGUGAACAGAGAAGAUUUAUCCAUACUCAAGUGACAGAAUACUAUAGUGUGUUAUUAUGGACUAAAAAAAAAGCCUCACUGUUUUGUAGAACAGUUCUUUUUAAAGUUGAAGCUUUAUAUCAAACUACCUACCCAGAAUAUCUCCAGUACAUUUAUUUGGUAGCACCAAUAUCUCUUAUGAUGUUAAACCCUAUAGGGUUUAUCUUCUGUGAAAUCCAGAAGUGGAAAGACACUCAAAAUGCUUCUCAAAACAAAGUAAAAAUUGUAGGACUUGGACUUCUACGGGUGUUACAGAACCCAAUAGUAUUUAUGGUUUUCAUUGGAAUCGCCUUCAAUUUUAUUCUUGAUCAAAAGGUGCCAGUAUAUAUGGAGAAUUUUCUUGAUGGGCUUGCAAAUUCUUUUUCUGGAUCAGCCCUAUUUUAUCUUGGUCUUACAAUAGUAGGAAAAAUAAAGAAACUGAAGAAGUCGGCAUUUGUUGUAUUAAUUCUUCUCAUCACAGCUAAACUCCUGGUGCUGCCUCUUCUGUGCAGAGAAAUGGUGGAACUCUUGGACAAAGAUGACAGUGUAGUGAACCAUACAAGUUUAUCAAAUUACGCAUUUUUGUAUGGUGUCUUCCCUGUAGCACCAGGAGUGGCUAUUUUUGCAACACAAUUCAACAUGGAAGUAGAGAUUAUAACCUCAGGGAUGGUAAUAAGCACAUUUGUGUCUGCACCGAUCGUGUAUGUUUCUGCCUGGUUGCUGACCUUUCCCACUAUGGACCCUAAGCCAUUGGCAUACGCCAUCCAGAAUGUUAGUUUUGAUAUCAGUAUUAUCAGCCUAGUCUCCUUGAUCUGGUCUCUGGCUGUUCUUCUUUUGAGUAAGAAAUAUAAACAGCUUCCUCAUAUGCUUACCGCUAAUUUACUAAUUGCUCAGUCUAUUGUCUGUGCUGGAAUGAUGAUAUGGAAUUUUGUUAAAGAAAAAAAUUUUGUUGGACAAAUUCUGGUGUUUGUUCUAUUGUACAGCUCCCUCUAUAGCACGUACCUGUGGACAGGCCUUCUAGCAAUCUCUUUGUUUCUUUUGAAAAAACGAGAGAUGAUGCAAAUUCCUGUUGGAAUCAUCAUAAUAUCUGGCUGGGGAAUUCCUGCCCUCCUUGUUGGUGUUCUUUUGAUAACUGGAAAACAUAAUGGAGAUAGCAUUGACUCAGCCUUCUUUUAUGGAAAAGAGCAGAUGAUCACCACAGCGGUCACCCUAUUCUGCAGCAUUCUGAUAGCCGGCAUGUCACUUAUGUGUAUGAACCGCACCACCCAGGCAGGACGAUAUGAAGGUUUCGGCCAGUCUCAGAACCACAAGGCAGCGGGAGCUGGAAACACUGCUUUUGAAGCUGGAAACACUGCUUUUGAAGAGAGUCCGGUGCCAGUAAAUGAGCCAGAACUUUUUACAAGUUCCAUCCCAGAAAGAAGUACGAUCCUUAAAUAUAAAGAAACUAUUUACAUGCCUUUAUCUAUCCUAAAUGUUUUGUUUAAGGAAACUUCUGGAACUGUUCAAUCACAGGAGCAACGUGUCUAUAUGUGUGCAAAAUGUUUUAAAAGACACCGCAUGCAAUUCUCUGACUAUAGAGAGGAAAAAUUACAGCUCUAUGGCAGAUGCCUCAGUGUGACUUCUGUAAACCAAUCUACCUAUAACCAGCAAGGGAUUUGCAAAGGUUGCUGCUCCUGCUCCAUGGGAAAUGGUGAACUACAGUGCCCUUCAGCAGAACCAGGAGCAAAUCCAAGUACAAGUAGGCCUGGGACUCCUUCAUUUGAGAAAGCUGAGCAUUGUGUGAGUCGCUGUAAUUCCCAGAGCUGCAUAUUAGCCCAGGAAGAAGAACAGUAUCGACAGAGUGGAGACCCACAACUGACUCGACACGUGCUGCUGUGUUUACUUCUCAUUAUUGGCCUGUUUGCUAAUCUUUCCAGUUGUUUAUGGUGGCUAUUCAGCCAAGAGCCUGGAAGACUAUAUGUUGAGUUACAGUUUUUCUGUGCUGUGUUUAACUUUGGCCAGGGAUUUAUUUCCUUUGGAAUCUUUGGAUUGGACAAACAUUUAAUCAUCCUACCUUUCAAAAGAAGACUUGAAUUCCUAUGGAACAAUAAAGAAACAGCAGAAAACAGAGAUUCUCCUGUUCCUGAGGAAAUAAAAAUGACCUGUAAGCAGUUUAUCCAUUAUCACCGUGACCUGUGUAUCCAAAACAUUGUCAAGAAAAGAAGGUGUGGUGCAAAGACUUCUGCUGGGACCUUCUGUGGCUGUGACCUGGUGAACUGGCUAAUUGAAGUUGGCCUUGCAUCUGACCGUGGUGAAGCUGUGAUAUAUGGAGACAGACUGGUGCAAGGGGGAGUCAUCCAACAUAUUACCAAUGAAUAUGAAUUUCGGGAUGAGUACUUGUUUUACAGAUUUCUUCAAAAGAGCCCUGAACAGAGUCUUGCUAUUAACGUAAGCAUCCCACAACAGGAAAGAUAUAAAGAAAUUGAGCAUUCAUCCCCAUCCUCACUUUCCUCUAAAACCUAAAUUAUUAAGAAGAGAACCCCACAUGGAGCCUGCCCCAGAUCUGUCACUAAUGGGCUGUGUGACCUUGGGCAAGUCAAAACCUCUCUGAGCCUCAUUUGUCUCUUCUGUAAAUUGAAGGGAUUUAACGAGCUAUGAUUUUGUGUGUAUGUAAAACACACAGAAAACUGACAGGAAAAAAAUAUCAAAUCAAAAUUUAAAGUUCUGAUAAUGAAUAUAAUAAAUACUGUAAACAAUACUAAUUAUGCCAACAUUUAAAAAAUCACUACUUCCUAUGACUAUUAUAAUUUCAAAAUCAACAUCCGAUUAACGAUGCCUUUUAAUUGCCAAAUUUGGCAGGUAUACUGCUGGCAGUAAAUAAACCUUAAAUUAUGAUAAUUUUGCACUUAUUGAUAGCACCUCUUAAGAAAGGAUUUUAAUGAUUCUAAUAAGAGGCCUUCUUAUUCUUUUUAUUUUUCCCAUUUCCUUAACAAAUGGCACUCAUUUGAAAACUAGAAGCUUAUUUUUUUUUUUAAGGUUCACUUUUUCUUGCUUUUCAAUCCAAAAUACUAAUCUGAACCAUUAGGAAGGGAGUUAAGAACCUCCAUAAAUAUUAUCAUUUCCAAAAUCCUUCAACAGAAGUAUAGUAUGAUCUUUAACUUUUGUACUACAAAUGAUAAUUUGAGUAGAUUGUUUAAAUUUUCUCAACAAAUUUACUACCAUGUGAUAUAUCAUUUCUAGGGUUUGCACAAAGCAUCAUAAUACAGAAGGAUAACCCUAUUUUCCUAUUCCCUGCAGUUAAAAAAAAAACUUAUACGUUAAAAUUCUACGCUUAAUAGCCUACUGGUACAUUUAGAAUUUAGUCUCUUUAAGUGCCCAUGUAUAAAAAUCUAUAAAUUGGAAAAUUACUAAAUAUUGGCCACAAAUAAGUUUUAUUUACAUUCAGUGAAUUAAAAAGAGGUUAGACUACUUAAAACUUACAUUAUCUCAUUUUGAUCCCAUUCACAUGACCUUCAAACUUCUACUUUAAUUAUUGUCUGUGCUUAUUUAAAACAUGUUUCAAAUAUUUAUUUAAUUAUCUUCUGCUUUCACUGUUUCAUAUGUAAAAGCCAAAUCGAAAAGUAUUUAUAGGGCUAGUGUCAUUGCCCAUUUAAUGCAACAUAUUAAAAAAACAACAAAACCCUGCAUGGAAGACUAUGUAUUUAACAAGUAAAUUAAACUUAAGCAGAGUAUUAACCCAUAUGAGUUUUAAGUUAUGAUUCAGUUCAGGAAUGGGGAUGUUUUAAGCAGAAUUGUCUUGCUGAGGAACUUUUUUUUUAAAACAUGACCACAUUAUGAUGCUGAACGCUCAGGAUUAAGCAUAAAGCGUCUUUGCUGUGCCAAGGGACUGUUAUAGUUACUGUAACAGAGAUAUUCAGUCCCACAUAUGCAGGCAACUCAAACGCAAGUGGAAAAUUUGUUUUGUUUGUAAACAAGUCAUACUACAUAUGUUCUAUUUUAUGCACGACGGACUCUGCAGCAUCUUUUUCCAUGGGAAACAUUAAAAAAAAAACAAAAAACCUGAAUCAGAAUGCUCUGCGUUUAAUGAAAGCUUUUAAGAAAUGUUUUUAGAAUUAAGGAUAAGCUAAUUUAAUUAAAUGAAAAUAUUUCUAUCUGUUACUUUGCCACUGACAAAGCAAGUUUCUCAAUAAAAUAUCUAUUUUAACUUGUA